GAUAUGCUGCGUUAAGUUGAGGCAUUUGUCAUCGUGGAACGUGGAGCUCACAUAACUAAACAAGAUCCGAUCUAACCCCCGGUUCUCGUCGGAAUCUCUUCACGGUUAACCGGCGUUCCUCAUCCACCUUUCGUUGUUAUGGAAGACGUCAAGGGAAAGGAGCUUGUUGAUGAUAAUCCACCUCCUGUUGACCAAAAUGAUAACAAGAAUGAAACUGAGAUUCAUAAACAGCCAUCAUCUGAGUCAGAGGAAAAUGCGAUCAAGAAAAAGUAUGGAGGAUUGUUGCCAAAGAAGAUUCCUUUGAUAUCCAAGGAUCAUGAGCGCGCGUUUUUUGACUCUGCUGAUUGGGCAUUAGGCAAGCAAAAAGGACAAAAGCCUAAAGGGCCUUUGGAAGCUCUCCGACCAAAACUGCAGCCAACCCCGCACCAGCAGCCUAGAGCUAGACGGAUGGCUUUAUCUUCAGGCGACAACACUGAAGACGCUGAUGCUGACAACAACGAACCUCUCGAUGACCAAGCUAGCGCAUCAGUUGCCAAGGAUGAUGGAGGGAACGAUACUGCUGACGCGAAAGAAGACAUCAAGUCAUGAACAAAAACAUAUCACAAGUCAAUUUUACAGAAGAAUAAGCGACCAGGUUUGCUGCUAUGCAAACGGUCGUAGUAAUAUCGAGUCUCUCUCCCUCUCUCUUUACAUUUUAUUCCAUACAUACUUGGGCACCAGCAAAUCUGUAUCACACCAUACAAAACCUAGUAGUUGUUUGAAACGUCUAUUUGACGAUUUGCAAAAUGGUUUGCUUUUUAAUGAUCCAUCAAA